ACUGCCAAAGAUGAAGGGCUUUCGAAUGACCUUAAUUUCGAAGGUUUAGUAAAGCGCGGGAUCUAGCUAGAGCGGACUCUCUCCAACUCUCGCACCAUUUCUAGGUUGUCCAAGAUUUUCCACCUCAACAUUCGUUUACGAUACCCUUUUCGGAGUUCAAACUGUCUCCAAUGGCGUCUACACCAUCUUCCUUCGAUCAGACAACUAGCGUCAAGUCUGUAGACUCUUCACUAUGGUGGGACUCAUUCAAGCUACUUCUUUCCGAACUAGAGAACUCUCCUUUGUCUUCCGACUUCCCACCCAGCUUGAUUAAUAAGUUGAGAGAUAAUCGUGCGUGGCUGUUGGAUACUGUUUCAUUCUUCAAGCCGCCUAAUCAAAAGUCUAGAGAUGCUUUGAAUGCACGUCAGGUUAAUGUUGGGGAGCAUAAAUUAAUCAUAUUGCCUGAACUAAGAGAGGCUACUCUAAAAAUCAGCUCAAUUUUGUGUUUAGAUGAGAUUCAGACGUACAUUCUUGUCAAUAUGUCCAUAAAGCAAAACAAUCUUCCGGGAAAUCAAAUGGUUCCCGAACUCCUCAAUUUUGCAAUGCUUCAAUACUACAUUGAACGACAGUGCUUGUUGAAGUGCCCUCGGCAGAUUCUCAUGCAUGCUUUAUAUAUUCACGAUGAUUACAAAGAUGAUAGUUCUGCAAGGAAGGAAGCUCAAGACCUUAUUUCCAAGGGUCUAGAACAACGGUUACUAUCUCUCCUGCAGAAUCUUAUGUCCCGUGGUUAUCCAGAAAAUAUGGAUGUUGAUAUUUUCACCUUAUGGGCCGAGGAGAUGCUGAUAGAAGAGAAUUUGAUCCUUGAUAUCAUUUUCCUCUUAUAUUACGAGUCCUAUAGUGUUUGUAAUGGCAAGCAAUGGAAACAGUUCUGUGAACUUUAUGAGGGAGCCAUAUCUGGGUCUUCUAAUUUAGAAAAGCUGGCAGUAUCAUCUGAAGCAGUUCGGUCCAUAUAUCAUCUCAGACUGCAACUUCUACUAAUCCUAAUGGAAACUCUGGACCUUGAAAGCCUCCUCCAAAUGAUUCAUGAUGAAAAGCCUUUUAGUGAGGGUUCGAUCACCUUUUCCUUGAGAGAUAUCCAAGAAAUGGAUGCACACAUUUCUGCUCUAAGUGCUUUUGAAACAAGGGAAGCGGGUCCCUUAAUUCUAACUUGGGCGGUGUUCCUUUGUCUCGUGUUAUCACUUCCCAGAAAAGAGGAAAACAGUAUACUGAUGGAAAUUGAUCAUCUUGGCUAUCUUCGUCAAGCAUUUGAAGUUGGAUCCUUAAAUUAUUUUCUUGAAAUUCUUGAAAGUGAAAUAAUGAAUGGUUCUGAUAGUCCAGUUGCAGGUUAUCGAAGUGUUUUGCGAACAUUUGUCUCAUCAUUUAUUGCGUCUUAUGAAAUCAGUCUCCAGUUGGAGGAUAAUACGCUUCAAUUGAUACUGAGUAUCAUCUGCAAAAUUUAUCAAGGAGAGGAGUCACUUUGCACUCAAUUUUGGGACAAGGACAGUUUCAUUGAUGGUCCCAUUCGGUGUCUUCUUUGCACCCUAGAGGGUGAGUUCCCAUUUAGGAUGGCCGAACUUGUGCGUGUGUUAUCAGCCCUGUGUGAAGGUGCUUGGCCUGCAGAAUGUGUGUACAAUUUUCUCAACAAGUCUGUUGGUGUGUCAUCUUUGUUUCAACUAAGUAAUGGGUCCUUCAUUGACGAAGUUUCACUGAUUGUUCAAACCAAUCUUCUGUUGCCCAUACCUAAAGUUGAAGGUUUGCUUGUUCCCUGUAAAACACGUGGUCAUAUUGUAAGGAUGAUAGAUGGAAAUACUGCUCUUGUCCGGUGGGAGUAUGUGCAAUCUGGGAUGGUAUUGUUGAUCUGGCGCUUGGCUCAGAGUUUGUAUCUUGAUAGCUCUGGAGAGGACCUUGUCAUUCUUGAAUUACUUAGUCGAAUUGUAUCAUUUAACAUGGCUGCAUGCUAUAGUUUGAUGGGCACUGGUGGCUCACUGCAUGUUAAAAAUCCUGGUUUGGAUGGGCACACAGAAGCUAACUUAUGGGUAAAUGUGGCUGCAACUAUUUGCAGUUUCAUAAAAAAAACAUCCUCUAGUCACAAUGGUCCAUUAAUGAUGUCAAUGAGCAUUGGUAUACUGGCAAGAAUGUUAAAAUGCUAUCCCUCUUGCAUUCUUGAAAUGGUUCUACAUGCAAAUAUAUUUGAUGUAGACUUGAGGUUGAAUCCAUUGAGUAUUCACAAUGAUGGGCUCUCUAGGGGAUCAUGGAUGCUUCCUGGAAAGCUUGUAAACAUGCUUCUAAUUGACUGUGAACAUAAUGAUGGUUGCCCCUUAACACUUUCAGUGUUGGACUUCACCAUGCAGCUUGUUGAGACCGGAGCAGAAAAUGACAUAAUUCUCUCUCUUGUUAUUUUCUCUCUCCAAUAUGUGUUGGUUAAUCAUGAGCACUGGAAGUACAGGGUGAAGCAAGCUCGUUGGAAGGUGACAUUGAAGGUGCUUGAUGUAGUAAAGAAAUGUGUUGAAUCAGUCCCUUACAUGCAAAAGCUUGCCGUGCUUGUUCGUAAUGUCUUGCUCACUGAUUCUUCAAUCCACAAUUCCUUAUUUCGAGUCUCAAGUACUACCACACAGGCAUUGGAGAAACUUUAUGUCAACCGUCUGUAUGAACCAAUGGAGGUUGAAGGAUUAGAGCUUGCAAUAUGUACUUCUCUGGACAUUCUUUUCUGCAUGCUAUCCGACAUAUUCAAGGAUCUCCCUCCUAGCUUUUCUGUAUUCCAUCAAGCUUUGGUGUCAUCUUCAACAAAACCCAUGCCUGUUUCUACUGCAACGAUAUCAUUGAUGUCAUAUUUCCACAAUCCGAACAUACAAAUUGGUGCUGCAAAAGUACUUUCGAGAUUGUUUGUUCUAGCCGAUUAUUCGCAGCUAACUGUAACUGAGAAUUCUUGCUUUGGCCUGGAUGAGAAGCAGAUUGCCUACUUUAGGGAUUCAAUUUUCAAUAUCUUAUCCGAUCAUUCUCAACGAAAUCAAGAACUCGUUGCUUCUACAUUUAGAGUUCUCACAGCUAUAGCAUCUCAUCAGCCUGCUUUUCUUGUUGCUGUAGUUGGCUCCAAGGAAGGAACAGAGUUAAAUCAUGCUAAUGACCAGACAAAUUUAAAUGAGGCUGGCACAAAGUCAUUAAUAUCUGAAGUGAAUAUAAUUGAAGUAGUUAUGCAAUAUGUUAUGAAGUCAACUGAUCUUUUUGAUAGCAAUCCUUCCAUGCUGCUCACCGUGAUAAACCUCCUCAAGGUACUAUGGCAAGCAGGUUCGACAUUUUCUAUGAUCUUGGACAUAAUGAGGAACUCGGAGAACUUCUGGAAGCAGUUAUCCAAUUGUAUCACAAAAAUAGCUACUACAGAACACAAUCUCUCGGAAAAUGAAAGUCAUCUGGAUGCUGAGAAAGUGGCAUAUAGGUAUCAAUGUCAGUCAGGAACUAUGCAAAUAUUGUCAUAUGAAUUGUUCCUUCAGAAGAAGUUAUCACAUGCUGAAGUACUUGCCAAACAAAAUAUUAAAUCAAGAGAUAUAAAGAAAACUGAUGGUGGUAAAACAAGUUCUUUUGAUCUGAAAAGUUUCCUUGCUAGCUUUAGCAAAGGUUCUGUUGGUGUUUUGAUAAAUUCUUAUUCAUCGCGUGAGAAUGACAAGGAUAAACAUCACCAUGCCAAGGUUGCUGCUAGUUUAUUAUGUGUGCAUGUAAUGGAAAACGUAAAAGAUGGUGAUGCAGGCAGUCUAUCUGUCUCAUUAUUUGAGAAGAUUCGUGUCUUGGAACGUAAGUUGACUGAUAUGGCAGCCUUUAAAGAACUAGUUGCUCAAUAUAUGCAGCAGGGCUACAGCGAAGGAAAGGAAUUGCACAGUUUAAUACUUAGUGACCUUUAUUAUCACAUCCAGGGUGUUCUUGAGGGACGUGAAAUUGGUCCUGGGUCAUUUAAAGUUCUUUUGCAGUAUCUCAUGGAAUCAAAAUUUCUGCAAAUAUACAAGCAUAAAUACAAUGAAGACUUCUUUGCACAAACCAAGGAUGUGUAUGUGUACAACUUGUCUCGUUUACGAGUUGACUUGGGUUUGGAUAUGUGGGAUUAUUCAAAGUGGAAAUCAUCGAAACCGGUUGCAGAGAAAAUGUUUUCCUCCUUACAGGAUGUGAAUCAUAUGGUGUUGCUUGCUAGCUCCAAGCUUUGUGCUUUGAAGUCACUCAUAACAUUCUUAUCCAUGAUUGGAUACGAUUCAAAUGAGAAGGCCAAAGACAAUGGGGUCAUUCCGAAACAAUUAAUCAUGUCUUGCAUAGACAAUGUGAGCCAAUGUCUACAAGAUACAAUAGACUCCUUAUCUCUUCUAACUCCCAAUCCUCCCGAAGAUGUUGUUGAUUUCCUUGCAGCUCAAGCAGAACUACUGCUUUAUCUUUCCAGAAACGCUAGCUUCUCUAUACCCAACCGUGUUCAUAUCCUAAAAUCUCUAGGUUCCGGCCUCAAAACGUUAAGCAACUUAACGUCUUACAUAACUGCUGCCAACGAAACAAGAAAACUUCUUCUUCUCCUCCUCCUUUCCUUGAUUAAAUCUAGCUGCAGUAAUUCAGAAUCAGAUGAGCCAUUAGCGAUAGAAUCUAUUGAAGUCUUAUCUGAUCAGUCUAAUAUUAGUCUUAGCCUGUUGCCAAUUCUCUGUAACUGCACUGAACCUGCUGAACAUGGUAUUCUCUCCCUUACCAUUAUUGACUUAAUACUGGGAGGUCUUCUCACGCCCAAGACAUGGUUUCCUAUUAUACAGAAAAAUCUUCCAUUACGUCAUUUCAUUUUGAAGGUUCAAGAUAAGAGCUCUAUUCCUUAUGUGACGAGGAUUCUGAAAUUCCUUUUGACUCUUGCUCGUGUGAGAGAAGGAGCUGAGAUGCUUCUUACAGCUACUUUCCUCCCAUGUAUAAGAGAGUUGUUUUCUGAUUUAUCAGAUGGAAGGAUUAUUUCUAGCUGUGAAAACACCAAUGAAGCAUGGCAUUUAUGGGGGCUUUGUUUAGCUGUAAUUACUGCAAUGAUACAAUCUUUAGGGGAUAGUCGUUUUUGUUCUGAUACGGUUGAAUAUGUGUUGGCAAAUUUUGUCUUGGAAAAAGUUAACCUGAUUUCUUACUAUCUAUCUGCACCGGAAUUACAUUAUGAUCAUGGUAAAACAGAAGUGCGAACACGGAAAGUUCGAACAUCUCUUCAUUCUCUUAGGGAAACAGAGUAUACGAUUGCCUUGAUAUGUGAGUUAUCGAAGCACGGGAAUUCUUGGGCAAAGGCUGUGAAGGAAAUGGGUUCGGAUUUGAGGGAAAGAGUUAUUCACUUGCUUGGUUUUGUUAGCCGUGGAAGAGAGUCACCCGAAAAGGGUGCGUAUUUUUUGUGUCGUCCCGUUUUGAAAGAGGAGUUGGAUUGGUAUAAAAGGCCGUCGUUUGUUGGAAAUAGAAGUGGCUGGUUUGGACUAACUCCAAUUGGUUGUUGUGGAUUGGAGACUACUUUUUCGGAUGUAUCUUCUUCUUGUAAAGCAAUUGCGCUUGUAACUAAGAAUGAUGGGGCGAGGUUUCCUCAAACAGAAUUUUCCGAUACUGUAGCAGUAGAGAUAUAUCAUCUGGCGUUUCUUCUUUUGGAGUUUUUGUGUUUAGAAGCAGAAGGGGCUGUUAGAAGAGCGGAGGAAGUGGGCUUUGUUGAUCUUGCUCAUUUUCCUGAGUUACCAAUGCCUGAAAUCUUACAUGGUUUACAGGAUCAAGGAAUGACGAUAGUUGCUGAACUAUGCGAAAACAGCAGAUCAAAGCAGAUUCCUUUUAAGAUACAUGGCUUAUGCAUAAUGCUGCUGCAGAUAACGGAAAUGUCACUAAACCUUGAGUUUUGUGUUCUCCAAAUUUGCGGUAUAAGGCCUGUUCUUGGACGAGUAGACGAUAUCUCCAAGUCAGUAAAGAGAUUGUUGAAAGGGGCAGAAGGUCAUGCGUGUCUAAAAGAGCCCGUGAGGUCGUUGAAAAACAUAUUGUCGUUUCUAUAUCCUGGAUUACUACAGAAUGAAGCCGCCUAUUCAUAGAGAUACAAAACGAAACAAUUCACUUCUCGGUUUUGCUCACAACGAAUAUUUGAAUAUGAUCCUUACAAUUGUGCUAACAUUUAUUAUAAUAUUGUCUUCUAGGUAGAUAAAUGUGAGUAUGUGACCAACUUUUUGUAUUGCCUAAAUUAAAAAUGUCCCUAUUUCAUUUCUUACAUAUAUAUAUAUGGUAUUAGGUAAAGCCUCUUUGAGUUUCA